AUGGUGAUCUUAACUGAAAUAUCGAAUCCAGCGACACCAGCAUCCCACCUUCUUCCAGAAAAAAGAUUCGCCACAACAAUCACCUUGGCCAAGAAGAGUGUCGAACCUUUGCCUCCCAGACUGACGUACAAAGAAAUAAUCUUUGGAAACCAUGACCAAAACUCCAAAAUCUACGAAACGAACGUAUUCUGGUUGCCUAAAAAGUUCUUGUCUGCAAGCAGGCAAGUGGAGUUCAAUGGCAUGAUCGACAAGCAGAGAAGUAAAAAUUACGUCAUCGUGAAAAAAUUAACCACCACCACAACCACCAACAACAGCAAAUUAAAAAGUGAGCGCCAAAUAUGCAGCCACUCACACGACAAUGCCAUGCAAAUCUACAGAAACUGCAACAAGCGGAUGCUCAGUGUAUCGAUUGUAUUGGACAGAAAGAAGAAAAGACAUCGGAGUAGCAUCUUCCUCUACCUCCAGCCGCGAGAUGCCAAGCAAACAAUCCAACUGGGCGACUAUCUCUUCCUAGUCACUCGCAUAUCCGGUCAGCCAGCUCCAACGGUAACCUGGUUUAGAAACAACGUGCCGAUAAAAUGUGACGACUACGGAAAUUCCACCGAGUCCGAUCUCCAAUUCAAAUGCAGCAGGGAGGAUGACGACUACCUGCUUUUCUGCGCCAGGCCACCAGCGCUCGCCAGUGGCGUCUACAGCUGCAGGGCUGUCAAUGAGUUCGGAGAAGCUCUCUCGCAAGCCACUGUUGUCAUUGAAGACAACGUACACAUCGUAACGAAGGAACAUCAGACCUAUUUAACGAGCCACGAUGUCAACAUCGGCAAGAGCAAGCCAGCGAAGGAGAGCACUGAAAAUAAUUCAUCCAAGCUAACAACUUGGAAUGAAAACAAGAUGGACACAGUGAAGGUAUUGAAGAGUCAAAUGAUCGUACGGGAGGACCAUCUACCGACCACACUCCGAAUUCCGCCAACACCGAUCAUAAGCAAAGUUAAAGCGCCAAAAUUUGUGGAGGCUCUAAAAGAUGUGAUCACGUAUGAGGACGGUGACGCCACGUUUCAUUGCGUUGUGUCUGGAAGUCCGAAGCCAGAUGUGGCUUGGUUUAUCAACGGAGCGCCACUGGAGUUUGGCGGGAGGAUAAAGGUAGAAGAAUUGGUGCUGAGUGAAGCUGACUUCAUCAUCCAACAGACGAUCAGUAUUCACAACGUAACUAAGGACGAUGCAGCAGACGUUUCUGCGGUCAUCAGCAAUUCGGCGGGAAGAGCUUCUGCUUCUGCUACUUUAAGGAUUAAAAGUAAAUCGUUGAAAUUUCUGGAGAAGCCAAACAACGUGGUGACUCAUGUUGAUGGCAGAGUUACCUUCAAGUGCAUUGUUCUUGGCUCUCCCACUCCAAAUAUAAAAUGGAGAAUCAAUGGCCGGCCGUUGAAAUUUGACGACAGAAUCGCUAAAGAGGAGACAGUAGGUACAGACAAGAAUGACGUAUCCAUCGUCCAGCAGACGAUCGUCAUCACCAGAGUGACGUCAGAAGAUGAGGGGGAGGUCAAGGUUAUGGCUUCAAAUUUGGCGGGAGAGAUCGAUGCAUCGUGCAUGUUGAUUGCUAAAGUAAAGUCAAUAAAGUUUUUACAAGAACUCGAAGAUGUGACCGCCUUUUAUGAUGACAGUGCCUCACUUACCUGCGUUGUCUGUGGAUUGCCGAAACCAGAUAUCAUUUGGUUGUUGAAUGGCCAGCCUGUAUUCUUCGACAGUAGAAUAUCGUUACAAGAAAAAAUUAACGAAGAUGAUGAUGAAGUGACAGUGAAGCAGACACUUGUGUUGAAAAAAGUUUCCCUGUUAGAUGAUGGAGAUGUGAAAGUUGUUGCCUGGAAUGCAGCCAACCAGAUAUCUGCCAGAGCCAAAUUGAACGUCAAAAUAAAAUCUUUAAAGUUUCUGAGUCGUCCAUCUGAUGUGAAAGCCUACCAUGGUGACGAGGCUGUCUUCAGCUGCAUCGUGUCAGGGUUUCCACGACCGGAUCUUAAAUGGCACAUGAAUGGCCAGCUGAUGAAAUUCAAUGAAAGAAUGUAUCUAAAAGAAGAAGUGGGGACCAGUGAGGAAGAUGACGUGUCGGUAUUGAAACAGACCAUUUUCAUCGAAGAACUCAUCCCAACCGAUGGAGGAGAAGUUCAAGUUGUUGCUACGAACCAGGGUGGAAGUGUUGAGGCGACAUGCUUUUUGGUAGUGAAAGAAAAGUUUAUAAAGUUUUUGAGGAAGCCAGCCGAUUGCUCUGUGGAUAUCGAGGACGAUGUUCAGUUCUCUUGCAUUGUUUCCGGAUCACAGCAACCUAAUGUGACUUGGUAUCACAACGGCAGCCCCAUGAAGUUCAGCGACAGAAUCAAACAGCAGGAGACAGUAGAGGAGGACAAUGAAGGUGCUUCCAUCGUGAAACAGGUGGUGGUCGUCAGUGAAGUAACUGCAGAAGAUGAGGGAGAGUUUCAGGUUGUGGCUUCCAGUGUAGCUGGAAGAAUAUCAGCCAGUGCCUCGUUAAAUGUGAAAGCCAAAUCGUUGAUGUUUUUGGAGAGGCCAGCUGAUGUUACGACAUACGACGACGAGAAUGUUGCGUUUGCUUGUGCGAUCUCUGGCUAUCCGAGACCAAAUAUCGACUGGUUCCUCAAUGGAAAGCCAAUAACAGACGAUAAAAGAAUUAGCAUGGACGAAAAAAUUAGCAGCAUUGAAAGAAACUUAUCGACCAUCAGACAAACGGUUGCCAUCAAAAAAGUAACAGUAGCUGACGCUGGAGAUGUUCGAGUGGUUGCCUCCAAUUCAGCUGGAAAAGUCUUUUCCGCUGCCAAGUUAACUGUCCAAGCCUGUGACAAAAAACUAUCUAUUCAGCAUAUAUUAACUGAAUGUGAAAAAUACAAUCAGAUCAGAAGGAAACUCGGGGUUCCAUCAAAUGUAGAAUUGCUCUUCCAGAAUAGAAAAACGAAAUCAUUGGAGUUUUUGAACCGGCCGACAGAUGUCGUAACUUACAGCGGCAGCAGUGCCUGCAUCAGUUGCGUCGUGUCAGGCUCGCCCAAGCCUGUCCUUCGUUGGACUCUUAACAAGGAGCCGAUAGAAGCGAACGACAGAAUCUCGCUGGAAGAAAACGUGGUAGCAGACCAUGACGAUGGCAAGCACACAGUAAAACAUGUGGUCGUCAUCAGAAAAUUGAGACCGGAAGACUCUGGAGAAGUUGGAGUUGAUGCCUCCAAUUCAUCUGGAGACAUCCACGCAUCCUCGUUGCUGACUGUGAAAGCCAUGUUGCUGGAGUUUCUUGAGAAGCCGAAAAGUCUUUCCACGUAUCUUAAGGAUUGUGCUAAUUUCAACUGCAUCGUAUCCGGAUCACCAGAGCCACGUGUUUAUUGGUUAAUCAACGGCAAGCCAGUUGAAUUCAACGAGAGAAUCCUGAUUGAAGAGACGGUUGAGACCGAUGCGAAUGAUGUUUCCACUAUAACACAUAAGAUCACCAUCAAAAAAGUGUCCUCAGAAGAUGUGGGGGAGGUUCAGGUUGUGGCUUCCAAUCUUAUUGGAAAAUUAAUUGAAACAUGCAAUCUAGCAACUAAAGCAACCUCGCUGGAGUUUAUAGAAAAACCGAAAAAUCAAGGAACCUUCCUUGGGGAGGAUGCGACUUUUAGCUGUGUUGUAUCGGGAGCACCUAGACCUCAACUUCAUUGGUUAAUAAACGAUGGAGAAGUACAGUUUAACGACAGAAUAUUAAUAAAAGAAACUGUUGACACUGACCUGAAUGAUGUGGCCACUGUUAAACAAAGAGUUACAAUUAAAAAAGUAACUGAAGAUGAUGUGGGGAAUGUCCAAGUUGUGGCUACCAAUCUCGGUGGAAGAAUAAGUGAAGUCUGCAAUUUAAAAGUCAAAGCGAAGUCAUUGGAGUUUGUUGAGAAACCGAAAAAUGUGACAGCAUACCUAGAUGAGGGUGCAACUUUUAAUUGUGUCGUGUCGGGCUCACCUAAGCCAGAUAUUCAAUGGUUAAUGAAUAGCGAGCCGGUAGUUUUCAGUGACAGAAUAUUAAAAAAAGAAACAGUCGAAACCGAUUUGAACGACGUGUCCAUAGUGAGGCAGAUGGUUACCAUUAAGAGAAUAUCUCCAGGAGAUGUCGGGACGAUCGAAGUAGUGGCUUCUAAUUUUUUCGGAAAGUUGUCUGAAUCCUGCAGACUGACAGCCAAAAUUAUUAUAACAUUCCCUAUAGUAAAAUCAUUAGAAUUUCUCGAGAAAGUGAAAAAUGUAACAACAUAUUUUGGUGAAGACGCAUCGUUCAGCUCUGCCGUAUCCGGAUCACCUAGGCCAGACGUUCAUUGGUUGAUCAACGGCAGACCAGUAAUAUUGGACAACAGAAUACUGAUUAAAGAGACCGUUGACACAGAUGUGGAUGACGUUACCAGGAUAAAACAAAAGAUCACCAUUAAGAACGUUAAGGCAGAAGAUGGAGGAGAGGUUCAAGUUGUGGCAUCCAAUCUUUUCGGGAAAUUAAAUGACGUUUGCAAUUUGAUAGUUAAAGUGAAAUCCCUAGAAAUUGUAGAAAAACCCAAAAAUGUGACUACCUUCAUUGAAGAGGAUGCAACUUUUAGCUGCGUUGUAACAGGAUCGCCUAAACCAGAUGUGCAAUGGACAAUUAAUGGCAGACCAGUUGUUUCCAACGACAGAAUUUUAAUUGAAGAGACAGUUGAUACCGACGCGAAUGAUGUAUCCACGAUAAAGCAAAAGCUUACAAUCAAGAAAGUCUCUUCAGAAGAUGUCGGUAAAGUUCAAAUUGCGGUUUCUAACCUUUCAGGAAAAUUAACUGAAGCCUGUGAUCUGAAAAUCAAAACGAAAUCAUUAAAAUUUCUGAAAAAACCGACGAAUGCCAGAGUUUAUCCCGAUGAGGAAGCUACCUUCAGUUGCGCCGUUUCCGGAUCACCAAAACCGGACCUUCACUGGUUAAUAAACGGUAAGCCAGUGCAGUUCAAUGACAGGAUAUUGAUGAAAGAGACAAUUGACACUGAUGUAAAUGAGGUAUCCACAAUCAAACAGAGGAUCACAAUUAGAAAGGUUAUACCGGAAGACGGAGGAAAUGUUCAAGUCGUGGCUUAUAAUAUUUUCAGUGAAAUAUCUGAAACCUGCAACUUAUCGGUCAAAGAAAAUUCGAUAUCGUUCGUGGAGAAGCCGGUUGGAGUAACGGUCAGCGAUGAUGACCGAGCGGUGUUCAGUUGCGUCGUUUCGGGUUACCCGAAGCCCAAUAUCUUUUGGACACUGCCCAGUAGGGAAAAAAUGUCCAUCGAGGAUACGACCCUAGACGAGACGGUAGACACUGAUGAGGAGGGCAGAUUCACCAUCAAACAGGUGACGACCAUCAAGAUCAAAAAGGUCGCAAUGUCAGGUAGUUCAGAGGUUCAAAUUGAAACGUCUAAUUCAGCUGGAAAAUUAUCCUGCUGUGCCCCGUUCGUAGUUAGAGCGAAAAGUCUGAAGUUCGUGAGCGAGCCUAGCGACGUGACGACGUACAUUGACGAAAACGCAUCCUACAGUUGCUCUGUGAUGGGAUAUCCUAAACCGAUCGUUGACUGGCAACUGAACGGCAAGCAGAUGACAUUCAGCGACAGAAUCAACAUGGAGGAGAGUGUAAUUAUUGAUGAGAAAGAUACUUUCGUCAUCAAACAGGCGGUCGUCAUCAAUAAAAUCAUUUCAGCCGACGAAGGAAAAGUUCGUGUCGUGGCCUCCAACAGCUGUGGGAAAAUAUUUUCAGCAGCCAAGUUGACCUUGAAAAAGAAAUCAUUGAAAUUUGUGGAGAAACCAGCUGACGCCACAUGUUACAACGACGGCGAAGUUUCUUUCAAAUGUAUCGUGUCAGGUUAUCCCAAGCCAAUCAUUAAUUGGACCUUAAGUGACCGCUCAAUUGUAAAGAACGACAGAAUAGCACUGGAGGAAACCACCAAUUUCGAUGACGAUGUAUACACCGUGAAGCAAGUCAUCACCAUCAAAAAUGUGGCUACAACGGAGGCGGGAAAGAUCAGAGUCGUAGCUUCCAAUUCAGUUGGAAACAUUUAUGCGUCGUCAUCAAUGAGUGUUAAAGGUGAAAAAUAUCUGGAAUUCCUGGAGAAGCCAACGAAUGCAAGAUCGUACUUUGGUAAAGACGCAACUUUCAGUUGUGUGGUUUCUGGAUCACCGAGACCAGUUCUUUAUUGGUCAAUUAACGGCAAGCCGCUUGAAUUUAAUGACAGAAUCAUGAUCAAAGAGACAAUCGACACUGAUACGAAUGAUGUUUCCACUGUAAAACAUAAGAUUACUAUAAAAAAACUUGACCCAAAAGACUUAGGGGAGGUUCAGGUUGUGGCUUCCAAUCUUUCUGGAAAAUUAACUGAAGUCUGUAGUUUGAUGAACAAAAUGAAGUUGUUGGAGUUCGUGGAGAAGCCAGAGAACGUUUCAACACUCCCCGAUGACGAAGCGACUCUCCAAUGUGUUGUGCUCGGCUCGCCCAAACCCGAUGUUCACUGGUUAUUGAAUGGCAAAGCGUUACGUUUCAAUGAAAGAAUUCUCAUCAAAGAAACGAUUGACACUGACGCGAACGAAGUGACGACGAUAAAACAAAAAAUAUUUUUCAAGAAAGUUAGUCUAAAAGAUGGAGGAGAGAUUCAAGUCGUGGCUUCUAAUCUCUCUGGAAAACUUGUCCAAACUUGUAGUUUAGCAGUUAAAGAAAAAUUGUUAAAUAUUUUGGAGAUUCCAUCUGCAGUGACCGCCUGCGACAACGAUUUCGCAACUUUCACGUGCACCGUCAGUGCAUACCCGCGACCAGAUUUCGACUGGUUGCUCCGUGGCAAUCCGAUGAAAUUCGACGAAAGAAUUGUAAAGGAAGAGACAAUCGACACUAACGAGGAUGGGACGUUCAGAAUAAAACAGAAAAUCACCAUAAAUGAAGUUAGAUCAUCAGAUGCUGGAGACAUUCAGGUUGUUGUUUCCAACGCUGCUGGCAAGAUUUCCAAAAGUGCUCCGCUAGUAGUAAAAGUAAAAUCACUGAAAUUUCUUGCUGAACCGACGGACAUUAGAGCAUACGAUGGAGACAAUGCUCCUUUCAGUUGUUUCGUGUCAGGGUAUCCAAAACCAGAGUUAAUUUGGCGCGUAAAUGGGCAGCUGAUAAAAUACAACGAGAGAAUAGAAUUGAAAGAGGAAAUAGAGGAAGUUGAAGAUGUGUUUGUAGUGAAGCAGAGGAUCGUCAUCAAAAAUGUCGCACCGACCGACGAAGGUGAAGUUCAGGUAGUGGCUUCCAACAGCACAGGAAAUUCCUCUGCGUCUUCUUCAUUAAUCGUAAAAGUUGCGUCCAUAGAAUUUUUGAAAAAACCAACUGACUUAACGACAUAUUUUGGUGACGGUGCAUCAUUCGAGUGCAUUGUUUCUGGAUUGCCAAUGCCAAAUAUUCAAUGGUUUAUUAACGGGAGUGAAUUGAAGUUUGACGGCAGAAGAACCAAGAAAGAGUUGAUUGAGACCGACACAAAUGAUGUGUUCACCGUAAAGCAGACAGUUUUCAUCAAUGAAGUAACUACAGAAGAUGUUGGAGAAGUUCAAGUCGUGGCUUCCAACUCUUUCAAAAACACACAAACAUUCUGCAUCUUAAAAGCCAAAGAAAAGCUGAUACAAUUUUUGGAAAAACCGUUGAGUUCAUUUGCUUACGGUGGUGAUGAAGUGAAAUUCAACUGCGUUGUAAUGGGACACCCAAAACCCAGUGUUGAAUGGUUGUUGCACGGUCGUCCCAUGAAAUUCAGCGACAGAAUCAAACAGCAUGAAACAGUGGAAGAGGACAAUGAAGGUGCAUCCAUUGUGAAGCAGGUGGUGGUCGUCAGUGAAGUAACUGCAGAAGAUGAGGGGGAGCUUCAGAUUGUUGCCUCCAAUUUGAAGGGAACUUUAACGGCCACUGCUUCGUUGAAUGUGAAAGAAAAAUUGUUGAAAUUUUUGGAAAGACUCGUCGACGCCACAGUUUACAGCGAUGACGAUGCUACUUUCACUUGCGUGGUAUUGGCAUCUCCAAAACCGCUGCUCAACUGGCAUAUGAAUGGCAAGCCUCUGAAAUCGAAUGAUAGAAUAACAAUUGUUGAAAAAGUUGACAUCAACAAUGGAGAUGUUUCCACCAUCAAACAAACGGUAUCAAUGAAAAAAGUCAGUCCAAAUGACGCAGGGGAGGUUCAAGUUGUUGCGUCUAAUGCUGCUGGAAACAUUUCUACGUCUUCUCUGUUAACCGUUAAAGUUAAGUCUCUGAAAUUUUUGGAAAGCCCGAAUGAUGUUACGGCUUAUGCUGAUCACAAUGCUACAUUCAGUGCUGUAGUUUCGGGGCAGCCCAAACCGGUUUUACAUUGGUUACUGGGAGGUCAGCCAAUAAAGUUCAGCGACAGAAUAAUAUUGCAGGAGUCAACAGGGGCAGACAGGAAUGACGUAUCCAUCGUCCAGCAGACGAUCGUCAUUACGAAAGUGGCCAGAGAAGAUGAGGGGGAGGUCAAGGUUGUGGCUUCUAAUUUGGCGGGAAAAAUCGAUUCAUCAUGCAAACUGAGAGUUAAAGUUUUAUCUAUCAAGUUUUUGGAGACGCCAUCAAAUGUAACACUAUGCAGCGGCCAUCGAACCAGUUUCGGAUGCAUCGUGUCGGGAUAUCCAAAACCAGAUGUUGCAUGGCUGCAUUGCGGUCGUCCCAUGAAGUUCAGCGACAGAAUUAAACAGCAGGAAACGGUAGAGGAGGACAAUGAAGGUGCAUUCAUCGUGAAGCAGGUGGUGGUCGUCAGAGAAGUAACUGCAGAAGAUGAGGGGGAGCUUCAGGUUGUUGCCUCCAAUUUGAAGGGAAUUUUAACAGCCAAUGCUUCGUUGAAUGUGAAAGAGAAAUUUUUGAAGUUUGUGCGCAAGCCGGAUGAAGUGACAGCAACUGAGGGCGAUGACGUUGAGUUGAGUUGUGUUGUGUCAGGAUACCCAAGGCCACUCAUAAAUUGGCUAAUAGACGAAAAGCCAGUGCAAUACGACAAUAAAAUAAGCAGGAAAGAACAAAAAGUUACCGAUGACGAACAUGCAUGCACUAUCGAGCAAGCAAUUCUUAUCAAGAAGAUUGCUCCAACCGAUUCUGGGAAGAUUCAAGUUGUUGCAUCUAACUCCUCGGGAGAAAUUUCCACAUUUUCCACGUUGGUAGUGAGAGCGAAAUCAUUGAAAUUCUGUGAAAAGCCAGGUGACAUUACAGCACACAUCAACCAGAACGCUACAAUCAGUUGCAUCGUUGCAGGGUAUCCAAGGCCAGAUAUAGUUUGGUCGUUGAACGAUCGCCCGUUGAAGUUCAGCGACAGAAUAAUAUUGCAAGAGUCGAUAGAAACAGACAGAAAUGACGUAUCGAUUGUCCAGCAGACGAUCGUCAUCACGAAAGUAACUGCAGAAGAUGAGGGGGAGGUCAAGGUUGUGGCUUCUAAUUUGGUGGGGAAGAUCACUGCAGCCUGUAAAUUGUUUGCUAAAGAAGUGACUCUGGAAUUCUUGGAGGGGCCAACGGACAAAACAGCUGUAGAUGGCGACAGGGUUGAAUUUAAUUGCUCUCUUUCAGCAUAUCCAAGACCGGAUAUCAUAUGGCAGCAUCGAGGUCGUCCCAUGGAGUUCAGUGACAGAAUCAAGCGACAGGAAACGGUAGAGGAGGGCAAUGAAGGUGCAUCCAUCGUGAAGCAGGUGGUGGUCAUCAGUGAAGUAACUGCUGAAGAUGAGGGGGUCGUUGAAGUCUUUGCUUCCAAUUCGAAGGAGAUAGUAAUAUCAGCCAGUGCACUUCUUAAUGUUAAAAUAAAAGCGUUGAAUUUUUUGGAGGAGCCACUGGAUGUGACGUCAUUUAACGGAGAUGAUGCAACAUUUACAUGUGUUGUAUCGGGAUAUCCAAAACCUCUUAUCAACUGGCAUGUCAAUGGGAGGAAAAUAAAAUUCAGUGAUAAGAUUACAUUGGAAGAAAAAGUGGACACCUCUGAUGAAAAUGUCUUUGCCAUCAAACAGACAGUUGUCAUCAAAAAGAUCACUCCAUCUGAUGCAGGGGAGGUGCAAGUUGUUGCGUCCAAUUCCUCUGCAUCCAUUUCCUCUUCCUCUUCAUUGACCGUUAAAAUUAAGUCUCUGCAAUUUUUGGAAAAACCAAACGACGUUUCUUCGUUUGUCGGUCAAUGCUCUACUGUGAGCUGCGUUGUUUCUGGAUAUCCAAAACCGAACACGAAAUGGUUACUGAAUGGUCAACCGUUGAAGUUCAGCGACAGAAUAUUAUUGCAAGAGUCGAUGAGAAUCGAGAUGAACGACAUAACAAUUGUCCAACAGACGGUUGUCAUCACGAAAAUAACUGCAGAAGAUAAGGGGGAGGUCAAGGUUGUUGCUUCAAAUUUGGCGGGAGAUAUCGAUGCAUCCUGCAUUUUAUAUGUCAAAGAUACGUCAAUAAACUUUUUGGUGAAACCAGUUGAUAUGGCGGUCGAAAGUGGCGACGAUGUAGAUUUCAUUUGCGUUGUUUCUGGAUUUCCGAGGCCGGAUGUUAAGUGGUUCGCGUGGCUACAACACGGACAAACUAUAAAAUUGAGCGAUCGAGUGAAAUUGCACGAAACAGCAGAUCUCGACGAAGAAGGCAUGUUCAUCAUCAAGCACACGGCCACAUACAAAAAUGUUACAGCAGAAGACGCCGGAGAAGUUCAAGUCGUCGCUUCAAGUUCCGCCGGGAAAAUAUUUGCUAUUGGAAAGCUGGAAGUAAAAGUCAAAUCUCUGAAGUUCAUACAAGAGCCCACAAACGUGACAGCCUACGAUGACGACGAUGCUGUUUUCAUUUGCGUUGUGUCUGGAUAUCCAAGAGCAUUCCUCGAAUGGCAAAUAAAUGAAAAACCAAUAAUCUACAAUGACCGAAUAAACAUGGAAGAAAAAAUAAGUACUGGUGACAAAUAUGAAUGCACCGUCAAACAGACAGUUGUAAUCAAAAAAAUUACUCCAUCUGAUGCCGGAGAAAUCCAAGUGGUUGCUUCAAACUCCAGUGGAAAACUUUCUAAAUCCUCCUUGUUGCGAGUCAAAGUUAAGAGUUUGAAAUUCUUGGAAAAACCUGGUGACAUGAAAGUGUACACUGAUCAUGUCGCGACUAUCAGUUGUGUUCUGUCAGGAUCACCAAAGCCCGAUCUAUUGUGGUUGUUGAACGGACGGCCAAUAAAGUUCAGCGACAGAAUAAUAAUGCAGGAGUCAACAGAUACAGACAGGAAUGACCUUUCCAUUAUCCAGCAGACUAUCGUCAUCACGAAAGUGACCACAGAAGAUGAAGGGGAAGUUCAGGUUGUGGCUUCCAAUUUGGCAGGAAAACUCGAUGCGUCAUGCAAGUUAAUCGUUAAAGAAAUGACAAUCAUGUUCAUGGAAAAACCAAUUGGCUUAACAGUCACCCUCGGUAGCCAAGCUACUUUUAUUUGUAAAGUUUCAGGACUACCAAAACCGGAUAUAUGUUGGUUAUAUCAAGGUCGUCUCAUGAAAUUCAGCGACAGAAUCAAGCAGCAAGAAACAGUAGAGGAGGACAAUGGAGGUGCAUACAUCGUGAAGCAGGUGGUGGUCGUCAGUGAAGUAACUGCAGAAGAUGAGGGGGAGUUUCAGGUUGUUGCCUCCAAUUUGAAGGGGGAGAUAUCUGCCAGGGCAAUUCUGAACGUGAAAGUCGGAUCGCUGAAGUGCUUAAAGAAACCAAACGACGUGACGGCUUACAAGGAUGACAAUGCCACGUUCAGUUGCAUCGUGUCUGGACAUCCUAAGCCGAUUAUCAACUGGGAAAUCAAUGGAAGGCCAAUAAAAUAUGAUGACAGAAUAUCAAAGGAAGAAAAGAUCGUUACAGGCGAUGAAGACGUAUACACGGUUGAACAGACGAUUGUAAUAACGAAGAUCACUCCAGCUGAUGCGGGGCUUGUUCAAGUGGUUGCUUCUAAUUCCAGCGGAAAUAUCUCGGUCUCUUCCAUUUUGACUGUCCACGUGAAAUCCCUAAAAUUUCUGGAAAAACCUGAAAACGUCAUUUCUUUUGUCGGUGAAAGUGCUACGUUCGGUUGCUCUGUUUCUGGAUUACCUCGUCCAGAUAUUCGCUGGCUAUUAAACGGACAGGCGAUUGAGUUGAACGACAGAAUAUCAAAACAGGAGACAACGACCAUCGACCAGGACAACAUAACAGUCAUCAGGCAUGCAAUUGUUAUCAAUAAGUUGACAUCAGCAGACGAAGGAAAAAUCCAGAUUGUCGCUUCUAACUUGACGGGAAAAAUAGCUGCAACCGCCACACUGAAUGUCAAAAUGAAAUCUCUGCAGUUCCUAAAGAAUCCGUCUGAUGCAACAGUCUACAACGACGACUAUGUUGCUUUUAAUUGUCUUGCAUCUGGAUCUCCAAAACCGAUAAUUGACUGGCAAAUCAACAACAACCAAAUAAAAACCGAUGAUCGAAUCAAAGUGGAAGAAAAAAUUACCAAUGUCAGAGAUGAAUACAUUGUUGAGCAGACCCUGAUCAUUAAAAAAGUUACUGUUGCGGAUGCUGGCAGAGUUGAAGUGGUUGCUUCCAACUCAUACGAAACAAUUUCCACAUCUUGCUCUUUAACAGUUGUCGUCAGAGUCAAGUCAAUACAGUUUGUUGAGAAACCAAAAGACUGCCUGGUUGAUGCAAAUAACAGGGCCAUUUUCCACUGCAUCAUUUCUGGCUACCCGAAACCGGAUAUAAAGUGGUUAGCGAACGGCCGUCCAAUAAAGUUCAACGAUAGAAUAAUAAAAGAAGAAACAAUAGUGACAGAUAAGAAUGACGUCUCCAUUGUUCAUCAGACGAUUGUAAUAACGAAUGUAACUGCAGAUGAUGAGGGGGAAGUCCAGGUUGUUGCUUCUAAUUUGGCGGGUGAUGUUGCCGCGUCUUGCAGUUUAAUAGCCAAACGCAGUUCACUAGAAUUUUUGACCAAACCAAGUGACCUCAGAGUAUUUGAUGGAGACAGUGCUAGAUUCGUCUGCGUUGUUUCUGGUCAUCCAAAACCUUAUAUCGAAUGGAAGCACAAAGGUUCCCUCAUAUCAUUCACUGAUGAUAUAUCAUUGCAAGAAGAAAGUGAGGUGGACAAUGAGGAUGUCUUCACCAUCAAGCAAACACUCAUUUUUGAUAAAGCAACAGCCUCAAGUGCAGGAGAAAUUGAAGUCAUGGUCACUAAUAUUGCAAAUAAAUUAUCUGCCACAGCCAAGCUGUCUAUAGAAGAUUAUUUUGACAUUUUUGAAGAUAAACCUCUUUCGUGUGAAGAGAGCAUGGCAUAUGAAGUUGAACUAGCCAACCUCACGGUUCAAGCCGGCCAAAAUGCUGACUUCGUUGCCAAAGUGACUGGCAAACCAAUCCCGAAAAUUCAAUGGUUCAAAAACGACGAACCUCUGGAAGAAUCAUCGAGAAUAAGAAUAACGAACUCAGGAAGGGAACAUCGGUUACAAAUAUUGAACGUAAACAAAGAUGACGUAGGUGUGUACAGGGUGCGUUCUUACAAUGGAUUCGAGGAGUUGUCUUCUUGCGCUGAGCUGGCUGUUACUGAGACAGAAAUUUCAACUCAGAGGUUGUCGACAACGAAAUUCGAUGGAGAUGUCGUGUUUGAAAUGUUGUGCACCAAAUACUUACUGCACUACAUGAAGGUCCCCAUACCAAACGUCAAAACAGCUAAGCCUCUGCAGAAGCGAUGGAUCUUGAAGAAAGUUUAUUACGGCACAAAAGCUGACGGUGAACCUCUGCUGAGCAAUUGGGACGCCAGUUUCAGUUCUGACUACUUCUUCAGACAAGAGCUAAACAAACAAAAAGUCAUGAAAGAAGAUGUGACAUUGACGAAGCUGGUAGCAAGAUUUCAGAUAAAGUUGAACGAAGCAAGUCUCAACGUAGGCUGGUUUAGGAAUGGUGAUCUGCUAGAUGACAACCAUCCAGACAUUCACAGGUACAGAUUAGGGCACAGUUUUGAUGGGAAGGCCAGUGUUUUGUUUAAAAAUUUGUAUCUAUUUUUUAAUGAAGUAGAUUGA